UUUUGAAACCCUUAUAUGGCUGAAUUUAAAGUUACGGUAAUUGGUAUAAUUUGUUGUUUGCCCCUGUAAAUCUUCAAGAUUAUUCCACAUCAGUUUUCCACAUGGAUGAACUUUGCUCUUAGCAAGAAACAAAAUUAUUCAACAUUUUUUUAGAACGUUCACAUAUUGUUGAACAAUGAAUUGGCAAACAAGGCGUUCUGAUUAUAUGAGUGUUAGAAAAAACUGUUCUAUAAAAUAGGCCAUAUUGACAUACACUUAAAAAAACAAACCUGAAAUAUAUUAAUAGACACUCUCCUCCUCAAGCUAAAUUAUUUAUUAUAUUUAAAUAUCUUUAAUAUUUUCCGACUACUACUUCCACCACGAGAUGAUUCGGCUAUAGUCAGCUAAUUUGUUAAAACUAUUAUGCUUUUAUUUUGUUACUGAACCCGCCUCUACUCUACUUCCUGUCGCGCUGCGUCACUUCCGCCCCAAACGACUUCCGUUGCUAAGGAACCAACCUGGAUACGCCGUCCCUCGGGCACGCAGCACGGCGGCUCCUGGCUACUCUCAAAAAUACCGUAUAUUUAAAAACGUCAUAUAUAUAUAUAUAUAUAUACUUUAUAUAUAUUUUAAACAACUGGAACUAAUUCUACGACGUCAUGGCGAACGCCCACCGGACCAACGUGCUGGUCACGUCAUGUCUGAAGACGCCGGUGGACCCGCGCACCAGAGCCCCGUUAGCGUCCUACGAGCGCGAGAGAGUGCUGCCGCACGCGGCCACGUGUCACCGGGACCACCGGGACCACCGGCACCGGGACGAGGAGCUGGAGUACGAGGACUCGGGCUCCGAUUCCUGUGACGAGGACCACGUGGGGAAGAAGGGCGGUCCUCUCGCGACGGCGGACUACAGAGGGGCGGGAGACCGCCUCGACCUGAGCGAGAUCUUCUUCUCCAACGAGGAGUACUACAGCAAGCUGGAGGAGCUGAAGAAGGCCCACCUGCGCACCAUGGCGGAGCUGGAGAGCAUGUACCGGCAGAAGCUGCAGCUCAGGGCCGUGGCGCCCCUGGAGGCGGGCGGCCACAGGCUCCUGUGGUCGAGCAGCAGCCCGGCAGCUUCGCGGCGUCUGAGGAAGUCUCUCUCUGCCGUUGAGCUCAGGAGGAGCUCCGGAGCGUCGGACUCGGCAGACGGAGAUGAAGACGCCACCGACGAGGUGGGAAACGGUCCUCUCUUUUCCCCCAAAGAACACAUCAAGAACAUGUGGCGCGACUUCCGGCUGUCGCCUCACCACCACCACCUGUCGUCCUCCUCGGUGCACAGCCUGCCGGCGGGCCAGGGGACGCCGCCGAAGGGAAAAGGGAGGAAGAGGCGCGAAGACGGGGAGGAGGAGGAGGAGCUCUGGAGACACAGGCUCACCGUCCCGAAGCCCUUCCAGAUGAUGCUGCGCGAGGCGGAGCGGCAGAAGCGCGGCGUGAAGUCGCGCGCGCAGAUCGAACAGGAGAACGCGGAGCUGCGGCGGCGGCUGGAGGAACUGACGGAGUGCCAGAAGAAGUUCCGCGCCGCCGCCGUGCCGGCUCACGUCCACCUGCCGCUUUACGAAGAGCUGCGGGAGCGCAAAGAGGAGCGGCGGCGGCGGCGGGAGGACCAGCACCCUCGAUCCGCCCAGAAGCCCUUCAGCUUCCUGGAGAGGGAGCGGCUGAAGAAGGAGCAGAAGCAGCUGCACCCGCAGCAGCAGCCGUCCGACCAGGAGGCCGUGAAGCCCUUCAAGGCCAAGCCCGUGCCCAAGGCGGUGUACGCGGCGGCGUCGGGGGAGCAGAUGAAGGAGGAGCAGCUGUAUCGGUCCAUCAAGAUCCAGAUGAGAGCGCAGGAGAUGCUCCACAGCGCCUCCAUGCCUCGCAGCAUGCUUGCGCGGCGCCUCAGCGACCGCAAGAAGACCGGCGAGGAGGGCGGCGCCGCCGCGGCCUCGGGGGACGACAGCUUCUCCCACAGGCCCCACAUCAACGCCGAGGUGCCCGACUUCAACGCCAGCUACCGGCGCUUCCAGAGGCACCUGGAGAAACAGAAAGGGGCGAAGCCCACGACCGCCUGCGAGCCCUUCGAGUUGAGGACGUCGCGCAUCACUUCGCACCGCGAGCGCAUCCUGGCCGACAUCGAGAAGGAGCAGAGCAGCCCGCGGACGAGCCGCUGGCCGUACGUCAGCCCCGGGCCGGCUCGCAGGGCGACCUCCAGCCGCUGUUCCUCCCUCUCCGGCAGCCUGGAGCUCCUGCCCACCAAAGUCACGGAUGCCAGCAAGAAGCGCGAGGAGGCCGUGAGAAAGGUGCUGGAGGAGAGGAAGAAGGCCGACGAGGAGGAGGAGCGCUGGAAGGAAAGGCAGAAGCGGAGGGAGAAGAAGCUGCAGAGGGUGGUGCUGAAGCGCGCCCAGGCCAACGACCCCCACCUGGCGCUCUCGCAGACGCACCCGACCAAGCUCAAAGAAUUCAGGAAACAAGAGCUUCAGCGCAAGAAGGAGUACGAGCAGGAGAUUAAAGAGAUGCAGCAGAGGGUGAAGGGGAGGCCGCUGCUGCUGGAGCAGGUCGCACAGAGGAACGCCAAGCAGGCGGCGGAGAAGCGCUUCACGGACGCCGUGCACGGGUGUGAUCUGACGGAGGAGUUCAUCAGCAGCACGGCGGCACGCCGAGCCUCCGCCGCCGGUGACGGCAAACACAGUGACCAAGAGGAGCCGGACAUGGGAUACAAACCGGUCCACUACAGGAAGGUGCUCCUGGAUGACGAGGGCACCCCGGAGGAAAGGGACGGGGGCAGCGGCGCCGCUUCACCGGGCCGCCGCGACGGAGGGGACGCCGCCGCUGGCCGCCGCUCGGGUGGUGACCACCGCGCCGACGACGACGACGACGACUCGGACGGAAGUUACCGAUACUCGGACGAUCACGAGGACUACUCGGACGACAGCGAGCACGAGGCCGCACGGCAGGAGGCGGCCAAGUGAUGUCAUCGUGUUUUAAAAAACAACAACUCAAGAACGCUGAAGAGGAGGCUCGUUAUCCCAUAAAUGAGGAUAUUUAAAGAUCUUUAACCUGAGGUACAUAUUACACGCUCAUUAGUUCACUCUACCGUGAGCAGUUAGUUGGGAUUGUGGGCGCUCUUGAAUAAUCAGCAUCAUUUUUUCGCAUCAUUGCUGAUAUUUAUCUUUUUUUUUAAAUGUGAAAUGUGAAUUAAUUUCAGUACUUUUGUUCUGUUUUUCCCCCAUCGUUGGAAUUUUUGAGGGCUCAAUAAAAUGCACAUGUUUCCCAUCUUAACCAACGUAUUUUGACAAUUUUCACAGCAUAAAAAGCACAAUAAUUAAUAACAUUGAUGACCCUCAAUACCCUCCAUGCGACGUACUAAUACAGCCUUUACUCGGCAUACUGCACCAUUUUAUACUGACAGGAAAUGGUCAUACGGGCAAAACAAAAACAAAGUGUUAAUAUGUGUAACUACGAAUAGUUUCUUUAACUUGUUAUACAUUUAUUCGCAGUUAAAGAUGUGUUAGAUCAGAACGUAAUCUACGAGCUAUUACCUUGUAUAUAUAUUUUUUUAAAUAAAUAUUAUUGGUUUAACUAUGAAGCCUUUUGUAAUAAACAAACUCAGGAUAUAAUAUCAUGAUAAAUGAAUGAAUCUGAAAUGUAUUCAUGACUCUGAUAAUAUUUUUUACUUAACUAAUGUUUUGAAUGCAGGAUUUUAACUUAAAUAAGUUAUUAGUACUUUUACUUCAAAAAAAGAUCAGAAAACUUCUUCCACCAAAGUUUAAGACGUUUUUUUUAAACGGAAGCAGCUGAAUGGAAUUUGUCCGUCGUAAAUUUAUAUUAUUUACAGCUGUGCUGUGACAAAAA